AUGUCGUCUGAAAAGUUAUUCGUACGCAAGAUUGAGGAAAAGUCACGCCUCAUACCUUCCAAUAUCUUUGCGCGUGUGCCACUCCCCAACUGGGAGACCAACGGCUAUCGCUCCAUUACAUGGAAGCAGUAUAACGACGGCAUCAACAAAAUCGCUUGGUGGCUAGACGAGACGCUGGGGAAGUCGAUCAACAACGACACAGUUGCGUACUUUGGCGCCAACGAUAUCAGAUAUGCAUACAUUUUUGCUGCGUUGAAUAAAACCGGACGGAAGCUCCUGACGCCUGACGGCCGCCUCUCAAAAGGCGCGCUGCACGGCCUCUUGGCCGAGACAGAGUGCAAAACAUGGCUGUAUACGGAAGACGAGGUGGCGGAGCAGACCCCACUUGCCCUGGAGGAAACCGGCGUCAGACUGCAGCUAUUUCCAUCCAUGGAGUGGGUGCUUGAUGCGGACGACACCCCGGCCUACCCCUACACAAAGACUUAUGAGGCCAACAAGCACGACGAGGUGGUUGUGAUCCACACAUCCGGCACCACCGGCCCGCCCAAGCCCAUAUACAUGAGCAAUGGCUUCUGGGCGGCAGCUUGCGCCAGCCCGCGCCUGGCCAAGCGGCAUUGGCCGCGGAGCAUGAGCAGUGACGAGCUGUUCGGCCGGAGCCUGAUACUCGCCUGUCCCAUGCGAUGGAAUUCGGGGCUUAUCCUAACCAACUCCUUUGGCGUGUUUGCAAACACCUGCUGCAUCAUCCCACCUGCUGAUACGGUGGGUCUGCCGGCAACCGUCUUCGCCAAGCUGUGCAAGAUGAACUUUGUCGAUGGUCUGCUUGCCACGCCCUUCACAGUGGUAGCGCUUUUCAACGAUCCGACCACCAAGGAAACCCUUCAGGCUCUCGAGUUCAUCACCUACGUCGGUGCGCGCCUCGACAAAGCCGUCGGCGACGCGCUGGUGCAGCACACCCGCCUUGGUUCUGUGAUUGGCGCCACCGAGACAGGGGGCAGGUUCUCGUUCAAUCCCCGGGACAGAAGGUUUUGGCAUACGUAUGAGUUCAUCCCCGAGGCGCACGUGCGGCUCGUCCCCAUCGACAAGUGUGAGCUGCCGACGACCGCGACGCAGGAGGCGGAAGUCUGUCGCAUGUUUAUCGACCGGCCCGAGGGGGAGGUCCGGGACGACAUGUGUGCGUUUUGGAACACGAGGAUGUACACCGGCGUCGACACCAUCGACACCAAGGAGCUGUGGCGGCCCGUCGACUGCGACGGGACCACGCGGUGGGAGUUCGUUUCCCGAGCCGACGACUCCGUCAAGCUCUUUGGCGGUGUGUCGUUCUCCGCCGAGGAGUUUGAGUCGCCAAUCCAGCGGCAUCCCGACGUGCGGCACGUGUUCGUCGGCGGGGCGGGGCGGCCUGCGCCGUUUGUCAUUCUUGAGAUGACCGAAGAUGCCGUCAAGGGCAAGAACACGAUGGAUCUCGCCAAGAAACUUUGGGAGACGGUCAUUCAGCCGUUGAACAAGCAGGUCGUAAAGGAAAUUCAAAUUCCCCGGGAGACGGUCAUGGUUCUGCCCGAGGGCCGGGCUUUGCCACUCAACUGGAAGUACCUCGUCCUGAGGACCAGAGCGGAGGAGGAGAGCGCGGUGGAAAUUGAGGGUUUGUAUCAGAGCUUGGAGGCAGUGCAGGGGAGCAGAGAGAGGUUUGCCGAAUUUAUGAAGUAA